CCCACUUCCUAGUGACUGCUGUGACCUUUCUGCUCCUGUUUCCUGGGGUUUAUUCCGCCAUGGCUGUGACGACCUUGCAAAGUUUUCGUGGCUGUGCGGUACGUGAUUUUGCUUUUGUGGCAAAGAAGCCAGGAUGCAGGAGUCUGCGAAUAAACACUGAGGCAUGCUGGGGCCGCUGCCACACCUGGGAGAGGCCGGUUCCAGAACCGCCGUAUAUCCAGAGGCACCACCGUGUCUGUACCUUCAGCCGAACACGGCACCUGACAGCACGUUUACCAGGUUGUCGCCCUGGCGUCUCCCCAAUCUACCAUUACCCUCAGGCCUUACAGUGUGACUGCACCUACUGCUCCUCAAACCACACAGAGUGUGAAACCUUUUAAGGGCACACACACACAACUGAUUCAUACACAUU